AGCCAACUUCCUUUUUGCUUGCGUCUGUCAAUUGAAACGCAACUCGCACGUGAAUUCUCUACGAAAAAGCUCACUGAAAAUACACAAAAAACAUGGACAAACCAGUUGUUUGGGCUCGCGUCAUGAAGGUUCUUGGCCGUACCGGCUCCCAAGGCCAGUGUACACAAGUCAAAGUGGAGUUCCUUGGAGAACAGAACCGUCAAAUCAUCCGCAACGUUAAGGGACCUGUGCGUGAGGGAGACAUUCUGACCCUUCUCGAAUCUGAACGUGAAGCAAGACGUCUGCGCUAGGAGCGUAACUCGCUUGGGAUUGGUUUAGAAU